GUGACUCUUAAGCCUCUUCGAUUCCCAACCCCACGGCUCUCGCAAAGCGAGUCCAGCCGUUUGAACGUUGCUCAGCCCUGGCCGCAGUUCGAUGGACGAGCAGAGGCAGCUGGCAUUUGCCCACUUUCUGGAUGCCUCAUGGCAAAGCUUUCGCUCUCAAAUGCUCCAGGCCUACAGCGAGACGCUGGAAGCGUCUCCACUGGCUCUUCAGGAGUGGGAGUCCAGGCUGCGAUCGAAGGAUUCAGGACUUGCCAAGGGCAAUGAAUAUUCCGAUGGCAAAGAUGACAUCAUUAUGAGGCCCAGCAAAGAUGUUCAGCUGCUUCACACGCAGCCGCCCACACGACUGCAAUCACUGCAUUCGUUCUCGGAGAAAGUCAAUGAGGCCCUGAGCGAAGUGCCGGUCGAGGUCGAGGUCGAGGGUGUGGCGCCUCCGCCGGAUUUCGAGCACUUGUUGCGACAACAGUCGGAGGCGGACAGCAUCUUCGAAGGCCAAAAUGACGUGGAGAACGAUGAGCAGGUCUCCAAGGAAAUUAGCGACAGCGCCACGCAGGCCAUUCGACAUCGCCUGCAGGUGAGGCUCGGCGCGAUGAACAAGAACAAGUUGAUCUCAGGCAAGCUCCUCGUGAACACGGUGGAAGCGUUGGGUCUCACGACCUACACGGAGGAUGAUAUGAAUGAGUUCGUCAAUACCCUGGCAGACUACAUCGAACUGCGCUUCGUGAAGAAGGAGGGAAAGAAUGGCUUCCGACGCAGUCAUUCCUCCAACAAUGUCUUCCAGUUUCAAGACGAACAUCGAGACCUGUUGGGCCGACCAGUGUGGCAUUGGCCGCAGGGAGAUGAGUCAAUUCAGGGCAGCAAGGAUCACGGAGAAAAGCCGAAGGAAGCCAAGAAUUUGGUGCCUUUGAAGGCUUUAAGCGAUGUCUUCGUCACCAAGGACAAAGAGCUCCUGAAGAAGAUCUUUGGUGCUCCCAUGAUGACUCAGUAUGAGGCGAUGAAGGAGAUCCUUUUGGCGGGAGAUACCAAUCGUUUGGUGGCGGAGCUGACCUUCGUGCGAAUUAACGACUUGGCAGCUCCUCCAGAAAAGAUCCACCCGCUGAUCUUUAUUGAGCCCUUCGUGGCCGUUCUGAUUCUGGCCAAUGGCAUCAUGAUCGGCUUCCAGACCGACCCACGAUACGAAGACUGGGAUGGCUGGAUUUAUUUGGAGGUGAUCUUCGCGGUGGUCCUCAUCAUGGAAGUUUGCCUCCGGGUUCAUUUGUCAGGGCUCAAAUCCUACUUCUGCGGCUCAGACAAGUUCUGGAACUUCUUCGACAUGUUCCUGUUGUUCACCGGCCUCACCGACAUUGUGGUGGAGCUGGCCGUUCAGUCCACCACGGACAUGACUGGAGCCUCACUCUUGCGCUUUUGCCGGCUGGUGCGGCUGGUUCGAGUGGUGAAGGUCUUCCGAGUCAAGUACAUGAAGGAGCUCCGACUCAUGGUCAAGGGCUUGGUGGGCGGCUUCCGGACGCUCUUCUUGUCCUUUGCUUUGCUUUUCGCGGUGCUUUAUGUGAUCAGUGGCUUUGCAACCAUGACUCUUGGAAGAGACACCUCACUGAAGGACGACUUGCUGAAGCAUUUCGAGAACAUUCCUUCGUCAAUGUUCACCGCCUUCCGCUGCUUCUCUGGGGAGUGCUUCGCGGAGUCUGGCGUUCCUAUAGCCGCUGUCCUGGCACACAGUCAUGGGCUACCCUUCGUCAUGUGCUACACUGCCAGCUACUUGCUGGUCUCCUUAGGUAUCUACAAUGUGAUCUUGGCAGUCUACGUGGACAUCACCAUGCGAGCAGCUAAGGAGAGCGAAGCGGUCACAGCCGAGCAGCACAGUCGCGAGUCCAUCCGCAUUGCUCGGACCACGCGCGAGUUAUUGAAGAAGUUUGCUGCAGCCUAUCGCAUGUUCUCGGACAUGGACGACCAUGCUCAAAGCCGCAGUACCCGUAUUGACUUCAAACCCAUGGAGAGCAGCUUCACGGAUGAAGACAUCCAUGAGCACAUCGCGAUCACAAAGGAACUGUUCUUGCUCAUCAUCCAGGAUCAGUCGGUGCAAUUCUUGAUGGAUGAGUUAGAACUCCCGCACGACCGUGCGAACCUCUUCGAGAUCAUUGAUGCCGACGGCAGCGGCACGCUGCAUGUGACCGAAUUGGUGCAGGGCCUGCUGAAGAUCCGCGGCGAGGUGAAGAAGAGCGACGCGGUGGCUACGCUGCUGGCCACGAAAGCCAUUCAGAACAUGGUCCUGGAGCUGAAAGAAGAUGAAGCCCAGUUUCGGCACACCGUGUUGAAGAUCCUCCAGCCUCAACAUCGGAGCUCUCGGGGUGAGUUGUGACUCGAGUGGAGCGCAUGUCGGAGUGAAGUCUUCAAUGGGAUCCACCG